AUGUUUCUUGUUCAAAAAAGCGACGGAAGUUUUCGUCCCAUUUUCGACCUUCGAGGUCUGAAUUCUUAUAUAAAGACAAAGCAUUUUCAACUAAUUUCCCAUGCAGUAGUCCCAGAGUUUCUCCAGAAACACGACUGGAUGGUAAAAAUCGAUUUAUCUCAAGCAUACUUCCAUGUUCCUAUAUCAGUGAGCCAUCGUUGUUUUCUAAGGCUAGUUUACAACGAAGAGAUACUGGAAAUGACUGCUCUACCAUUCGGCCUUUCUCCAUCUCCUCAAAUAUUUGCCGCUUUAACGAAUUGGAUCGCGGAGAUCCUUCGAAAGCGUGGCAUUCGCGUUUUAGUCUAUCUAGACGACUUUUUGGUUGCCCAUCAGGACAAGAAGAAAUUAAUUUCACAAACCGCGGAGGUUGUGAAUACUUUGGAACUCUUGGGAUGGUGGAUAAACUACCAAAAAGCGGUACUAAAUCCAAUGCAGAAACUCGAGUAUCUGGGAGUAACAUGGGAUACCAUGGUCAGUACAAUUUCUCUCUCAAAAAAGAAAAAAGAAAAGAUAUUGCAUUCAAUAGAAAUCUUUUUGACCAAACAGCUCCACAGCCAGAAACAAGUCCAAAAAUUGUUAGGCCAAUUGAAUUUCGCAACGUUUGUAGUUCCAAGAGGUCGCCUGUACUGUCGUCAAUUGCAAAUAUUUUGUCGCCGCUUCAAUCGAAAGCCAUUAAAGAAACAAAGAGCUCCACCACAAGUAGUUGUCGACUUAAGAUGGUGGCGCGGAGCCAUUCACAUGAAGUCAGACUUGCAUCCAAAGCCGUACACCAAUUUCUUGACAACGGAUGCAGCGGACACAGGUUGGGGAGCGCAGAUAGACGAAAAACUGUUGUCGGGCGGCUGGACCAAGGAACAAAAAAAGUGGCAUUCAAACCGAAAAGAAUUGUAUGCGGUUUAUGCGGCUCUGAGCGCAGAAAAACAUCAUCUGAGGAAUGCCGACAUUCUUGUUCAGUCAGACAACAGAACAUUGGUAGCAUACAUUCGAAAAGAAGGAGGAACACACUCUUUAAGUCUACUGGCACUAACACGAAAAUUAUUGAUUCUGGCAGACCGUUUGAAGAUUCGUCUGUCAGCACAAUACCUUCCGGGGAGGUACAAUUGCAUUGCGGACAAUCUGUCUCGGGGACAGCGUCCGCCAGAGUGGCACCUGUUGUCUCCGGCAACAAACAAAAUUUUCAAUCUUUGGGGUACUCCAGACGUCGAUUUGUUCGCGUCUGCAGAAACAACCGUCGUCAACAGCUACGUCUCAUUAGACUGCAAAGAUCGAUUAGCUCUCUUCUCAAACGCCUUCAGCCAUCAGUGGGACUUUCGACUGGGUUGGAUAUUUCCACCGCCCAAUUUAAUGCCAAGGGUAUUAGACCACUGGAAUUUGGCAAAAGGGCGCUACAUUAUAGUGGCACCAGUUUGGGAGAAAACGUUUUGGAUGGCCGAUUUGAAGUCACGAGCCCUAGCAAAUCCAAUGGAAAUAGAAAAUCUACAAAAAGUUUUAGUGGAUGUGUCAACCAACCUUCCACCAGCUCAAGUAGACCGUUUAGCCCUUCAGGCUUGGUUAGUUGGAGGUGGGGCAAACUAA